UUUUACUCCGAACCAUAUACCCUUCUCAAAAAAAAAAGACACUGAAUGAAUGCUGAACAACUUUUAAGCGCGAACGAUUUCAACCUCGAUCGAGCAUUUGUCAAUGUUUUGGACGGCCAACAAAAGCAAUUGGGAUACAAUUCGCAUAUGGUGUCUGAUCUGGCAUCUUUGGUGCGAUGCAGAAUGAAAUAUCUUGAACGAACAAAGAAUCGGUCAAAAUCGCACGAGUUGGAAUUCCUUACACAAGAACAAUAUGUUUGGGAUCUGCUCGACGUUGUUUCACGGAUACAACCAUCCGAUCCACCAGCAGCACAAUGUUCGGAAAUUAAAGCGUUUAUUGAAACAUUACCGAGCUCAGAAGAUACAUCCAAAGCCGAGGACAUGGUAGCCGAAGUCGAAGAAGAAAUCCGAGAACUUGUCAAAAAGAAUCGACUCUUUGCAAAUGCCAGAGCGCCCAAAACGACUGAAGAGUUCGAGAAGCUUAAUGAAAGACUGUUACGAUCGGUCCGUCGCGGUAAUCACAAAGAAGCGAUCGAGAUAUCUGAAAAUGAGGAUGAGCCAUGGCGGACAAUGCUAUUGACGAAAUAUCUAGAUGAUAUCAACAAAGCAAAAGCUGGGGGUCGGUUGGAUUGGUUACCAGAUCAGCGUACAGCUUGGCGGAAAACAUACAGUGCAAUAAUGUCGCGAGAUGGACUGGGCCAAUAUGAAGCAGCAUUACAUGGUAUCAUUACGGGAGAUAUUACACAUGUGCUCCCUGUAUGUCGUUCUUGGGAAGACGUCAUAUGGACUUUUUACAAUGCACGAGUACAAGAAGCGAUCGAACAUCAAAUAUAUGAUGAUUCAAAGAACCGACAACAACUUUAUCUGUUGACUGACGAAAUCGUCAACAUGGCACGCAAUGAAGAUGAUAGUGAACGUGACACCGGUCUUUCGUUUUUUCAUAAUAUCGCUUUGGCGAUCUUGACUGGCAACAUUUCUCGGUUUAUUACAAGUUUGAAUAUUGCUAAAAGUUUCGAUCCAAACACACGCGAACAUGCAUUACGAUGCAUUGCGGCAUUAAUAGUGUACUACAACGAACAUAUGAAAGAGCCUAUGACAAAGGAAGCAAACGACAUCAUUCGACACUAUGCAGAGCUUAAUGGAAAACCAAAUACCCUUCGACCCAAAAUCCUUGCGUACUAUGCAUCGCACCUACCAAAGACGUCCCAGAUCGAGCUCGUUUCCGAUUUUUUAUCCAAUUAUAGUUGGGACGAGGAUGAGCAAUCGAUUCUAUUUGAUAUGGGAAGACAAUUUGAGUUGGAUAUUGUGUCGAUCGCACGACGGACAGCAGCAAAAGAAAUCAACGCUUAUUUGGAGGAAGAAAAGACAAGUUCAGCACAACGACCCCGUGCUAUUCGCUUUGACGAUGACAUCUCCGAACGUGCUAAGCGGUGCUUACGCAGCUUUAAAUGGCUAUUAAUGGACGAGGCGCUAUACUUUGACGCGGUCUCUUUUGCCAAUCAGCUUAUCCAACAUGCUUUAGCCACGCAUCGUAGUCAGCUGGCGGAAGCUGUACUUGCUGCAGUGCCUGUUUCUGUAACGAACCUAUGCAUGCUACAGCUUGGAAAAGCAAGCCGUAAAUUUCCUGAUGAACUUUGCACUCUUGAGAAAUAUCGCCAAUUGUUACUGACCAAAUAAUAAAACAAGAAGGAAUUCUGCACUGUGUAAACGUCGUUGGAAAAUAUACCUUGUGAAAAUGUAUGCAAACAACGGCAGAUAUAUAAUCAGACUCUUUUCCCUUUUCCAACAAACACCUUGCCAUAAACGGCAUGAGCUUAUUACUACUCUUUAGAAAGCUUGUUUUUCGGAGACCUUUCAG